UGCUGUGCGGGCUUCGAUUUCGCCGCGGUGUUGCUCUGACGGGUCGAUUUUGGGCAUCACGGGGAGUGGAGCAUCUCCAUCAGAUGACUACUUUUGUGGACUGCGCGAACGGAUAUGAUGAGUAGCCCAUUGCGGUGUGCUGUGUGAAGGUUGAAUCGUGCGAAAGUCACGGGACACCGAUUUUACCGGCCAGGCAGCACCUCCGACCUUCCCUCCUCAUGCGCAUUGCAUCUUCAUGAAUUAUUUGCAUUAGCCGGCCGCUGGAGUCAUGAAAUUCGUCACGGUGACAUUGUCCUGAUGGAAAUGCUUCGCCGCCGUUUUCACGGCGGACACCAACACGAAUAUGCGCUUCUUGGGGGAAAUGAGAAAGCGCGGCCUCGUCUUUGGACAAGGAAGCAUUCUAUCCUCGUACUACUUCUGAUUGCCCUGGCGACCCUCUUUUUCGUAUCAUUAUCUAUCCGAUCGGGAGAACAGCCCUGCGACACACCAGAGGCCGGAUAUCAAUGCAGACCCGAGAUCUCCCAUUUCUGGGGCCAGUACUCUCCAUACUUCAGCGUCGCCUCCGACAUACCAGCACACACGCCAGAAGGCUGCCACAUCACUUUUGCUCAGGUCCUGGCUCGCCACGGUGCCCGAGAUCCCACAUUGGGUAAAUCCCUCCUGUAUGGCGCUACUAUUGAGCGACUCAAGGCAAAUGUAAAGCACUUUCCAGGCCGCUAUGCAUUCCUCGCCGACUAUGAGUACACACUCGGAGCAGAUCAACUUUCAAUCUUCGGCCAGCGGCAACUAGUCUCCGCAGGCGUGAACUUUUACGAACGAUACAAGCCGCUCUCGCGCGAUUUCGUCCCUUUUCUACGUGCUUCAGGACAGAAGCGUGUGAUUGACUCCGCUUGGAACUGGACGCAAGGGUUUCGUGAAGCAAUGUUGGCAGAUGAGCAUACUAAUCCCCAUCAUCCAUCGCUUCCUGCCGUGGACGUUGUCGUCUCCGAAGAGGAAGGGAUGAACAAUACUCUCCAUCACGACAUCUGCACAGAAUUCGAGACGGGAAAAUUCGGCGCAAUUGGAAGUACGGCGAAGUUCAAAUGGGUUGAGGUCUUUGCCGAACCCAUCCGCGCUCGUUUCAACGCCGAUCUCAUUGGAGCGAAUCUGACCCUCACCGAAGUCAUCUAUCUGAUGGAGCUAUGCCCUUUCGAAACGGUGGCAUCGCCUACAGGGAAGAUCUCGCGCAUCUGCGAUCUUUUCACGACCGAGGAAUGGCGUCAAUACAACUACUACGGAAGUCUCGACAAGUGGUAUGGCUACGGGCACGGCAAUCCACUGGGCCCGACUCAAGGCGUUGGCUUCGUCAACGAACUGAUAGCGAGAAUGACGGACGAGGCGGUCACAGACACCACCUCCACAAACCGCACCCUCGACAGCGACCCUCAGACGUUUCCACUAGGUCGCAGACUUUACGCCGACUUCAGUCACGACAACGACAUGACUGCCAUUAUGGCUGCGCUGGGACUGUACGGGGAAACGUCGCACUUGCCCAACCGGACUCUCGUUGGGGCACCUGAAGCAGGUGGUUUCAGCGCAGCAUGGACUGUCCCAUUCGCGGGUAGGGUGUAUUUUGAGAAGCUGCAAUGUGCGGGACAUGACGAAGAGCUCGUUCGCGUCCUCGUUAACGAUCGCGUCCAGCCUUUGCUGCAGUGCGAGGGCGAUGCCUUGGGUCGCUGCACGCUGUCGGCUUUCGUUGACAGUUUACAGUUCGCGCGCAGUGGUGGCCACUGGGCAGCUUGCUUCAAAUGAAGCGGGCGAGACACCCUGGAUGGAACCAGCCUUGCUAGAUGAAGGGUUCUGGUCGCAAGUAUCCGUGCACCGUCGACGUGCGUACGAUCCAUGUGAUGGCCAUAUAGCCUGGACAGUAAGCGUGGCCGAAAAUCGAGAGCGGCCUAGUACGACCCUUGAUGGAAACAUGACAAUUACCCUUCUGAUUCGGCGAAACGGAUUGUUCGAUCUGCGAGAGCGCUGGUCCCGCCUCACGGAAGC